AUGCACGUCACUGUUGCUACCGCUGUUAUUCUUCUCGCUGGCUCAGCUGCGGCCAAGGGUGUCGUUUACGACUGCGAGAAGACUCCAGAAAUCUGCCUCAACACCUGCUGGGCAAUCAAAUGCCAGGGCAACACUGCGACUCUCCAUGGCGGAGGUCAGAGCAAAGCCACUGCUAAGAAGUAUGGCGAUGACAACCGCAAGAAAUGGAGCUACGACAAGGAUCCUUGCAAGAAGAAGGGCUGGGCUUGGAAGGGAGGCAACUCCCCUGACGAGUAUCCCUAUGCUUCUUCCAAGGAAGGCGGUCAGAGUGACUUUGCUAAGAAAGUUGCACUUCGAUGUGUUCCUGGCAAGGAACAGCAACGACAAGGACGCAAGGUUAGAGGCAUUGCGACCAGCAAGAAGGGAGAACAAUGGAACACCAAGUGGGACAAGAUUAGCAAGCUUUCCCAAGACUGGUGCGGCCCUAAGCCGAAGUGCAAGAAUGAUGGUCACCAGUUUGUUUCUGGCGGUCCUAAUGGUCCUUGGAAACUGGCUUCUAACCCUAAGGUGGCUCGUGACGUGUUCAAUUACUCUGAGGAUGGCGACAGCGCUUGGGUUGAGAGCCGUGACCUCCCUGAAGAUGUUGAUAUUCCAGAGGACUUUGAAGAAGAUGACGGUGAUGACGGCGAAGUGGAAACUCGAGAAGUCGAGGAAGAGAAUGAUGUUGAGCUCGAAGCUGAUGAAUAA